AUGGCCGAAGCCGACGCCUUAAUCGUUGCGGCACUACAACAAAGUGACAUCGUACCAGCCUGUGCUCGAGAAUCUGCGUCCUGGACGGUAUCCGAUCUCACGUCGGACGAGUUCCUCGCGCUCAUGCACAAGUGUCUGACACAAUUAAAGAAAGCUAACAAUGGUGCGCGUUUCACGCUUCCGUCUAUCGAUGCAGUAGCUCCGACGGCCGUCGCGGCGAAACAUCGCGUUGGGCUGACAAUUGCCAAUAUUCUCAAGGAACUAGGGUAUGGCGGAGACUGCAGCUAUCACCACUUUUUGUAUCCAAGUGCGAAAGAGACGAGGAAGAUUUUAACGUGGAUCGUGAGCAAGCUACCGAAGACCGAGCACGAGGAUGUCAAAGAGGAAGAUAUGAAGCAAGGACAUGCCUCAGAAAGCAUGGGAAGAAGGACGGGAGACUGGCAAGAAGGGUCGGUGGUCGGACGUGAGUCAUUACGUGAUAUUUUCAGUAAAUGGAAGCGAGAAAAGACGCUUUAUAUGCUGCCACAUCAGCACGUGGAGGGACUGCGAGGGUUUCAACGACUGCCUUUACAGACAUCUCCGCUGGAAUUGCCGUGGAACCGAUCGACGAAAUCGACACAGAAGUUGUUUGAAGGUUUUCCGCGUGACUCGGUAAAAGUGACGUCACUUUUGGAGGCUCUUGCGGUAGAAAAGUGUAAGACGACGAUCCGUCUUCGGGACGAUGAACUCGAGGACGAGGGCGAGACAGAAAGAAUGGAUCUUGAGAUAAGCCAGGAACAGGCUGGAGCUGCUCAGAGAAGUGCGGGGGAUAGCGGUUGUCUUGCCUGGCAAGAGACUAGUGUAAGGAGCGGCGGAGAUGGUUUAACUCCACCGCAAACAAUCAUUGGCAUUGAGCUUCCGGACGUGCCGAUCUCCUUCAACGUUUCAGCACCGGAACCUGAUGGUGUAUGUACCAGAGUGAGCAGCGCGUUCGAAUCAGGGGAGCUGAAUAGCGUUGACACGAGUCAAGGGCGACAAGGGACUUCUGCCGAUCCGGUGGAAAACAACGAAGAGCAGCUUCUUGGAGAUACCGAAAAACUCGUCAAUGACACGAAGCACCGCCUUGCUGCAAUGCAGAAAGUGUUGCGUCGUAAACGCGAUGAGCUGCACCAGAUCGAGCAGCACAUUCUUGAGACGAAAACUAGGGGGCAGGAGAUGCAGAGAAAACUUGCACGAAAAAAGCAGCUACUGGCGUUGCUUCCAGAUGCAUCGACAAAAGUAGCGAAGCUCGAGUCGAUUUGCAAAAGAAACGCAGAAAAGAAGGAGGAAGCAGCACAGCAAAUGGAAGUUGCUCGUCAACCUUUGCUGAAGGAAUACAACGAGUUGAAAGACCAUGUCGCGAGCGAAAAGGCUCGACGCCGACAACUUGUUCGCGAGAUGAAGACGUUCCAAACUGACAUGCAGACAUUUAAUGGCAUCAUUCACUCAAAGGCGGAAACAUUCCAAACAUUAGAAAAGGCUCAUGAGCGACAGAUGGCGAAGCACGGCACAAAGGAAGACGGCGGUGGUGGGGCCAUGACGCGGAGCGUCUAUACGUCACGCAUCAUGGACAUCAUCAAGCAGGUUCACAAGCAAAAGCAGGAUAUCGCAAAGGUUUUGGCCGAUAUCAAGACGCUACAACAGCAGGUGGAGGCUGCGUCAGCGACGAAAAAGCGAGUGGCAGCUGCGGCUGAAGAAAACAUAUACAGCGCAACCAGCAAAAGCAAAAGCGCCAAGAGCUCGAAGGCUGACGCAUACAUAGAGUGUUACCGCAAGUUCGCAAAAGUGCGCGAGUUGUUCAACGAGCUCAUUGUCGCUGUGGGCGACGUUAGCGAAAAAGAGAACGCGGCUCGCGAUCUGCAAAAUUGGAUCUCUCAGCUGGAGGCCCGUGAGAGCAGCAAACACUUGGACAAGGUGCUUGCGGAUCUGGAGAGCGUGCGAGUAGAAAACGUCACGUUACAAAACGAGUUGCGAGCACAUAAGGGCUCGUAG